UCUCUGGCUGCUUCUCCAGCUCUGCUCUGAUUGAUGUGCGAAGUCUGAGGCUUCAGCCAGAGGUCGAGGAAUAAAUAGAUGCCGCUGCGUCCCAGGGCAGCGCACAUUGGGAGAGAGGAGCCGAAGGGGCGGGAGCGGCGCUCGGGGAAGCUCGUGGGACUCCACGAGGGGACUCUGACCCGGCCACGCGGAGAGGAAGGAGAGGCUCCGGAUCGAUCGAUCCCCGUGUCUGCUUCCCCCGGGCGGGAGGAGACCUCGGAGCUGACAACUCGCUGUCCCGCCGGAAUCAUGCUGCUGCUGCUGCUGCUGCGGGCCGGGCUGCUCGCCCUGGCUGCCCUCUGCCUGCUCCAGGUGCCCCGAGGAGCCCGGGCAGCAGCCUGUGAGCCCGUCCGCAUCCCCCUGUGUAAGUCGCUGCCCUGGAACAUGACCAAGAUGCCCAACCACCUGCACCACAGCACCCAGGCCAAUGCCAUCCUGGCGAUCGAGCAGUUCGAAGGUCUGCUGGGCACCCACUGCAGCCCCGACCUCCUCUUCUUUCUGUGCGCCAUGUACGCGCCCAUCUGCACCAUUGACUUCCAGCACGAGCCCAUCAAGCCCUGCAAGUCGGUGUGCGAGCGCGCGCGGCAGGGCUGCGAGCCCAUCCUGGUCAAGUACCGGCACGCGUGGCCCGAGAGCCUGGCCUGCGAGGAGCUGCCGGUGUACGACCGCGGCGUGUGCAUCUCUCCCGAGGCCAUCGUCACCGCCGAGGGGGCCGAUUUUCCCAUGGAUUCGAAUAAUGGAAACUGUAGAGGGGUAAACAGUGAACGCUGCAAAUGUAAGCCAAUUAGAGCUACACAGAAGACCUAUUUCCGGAACAAUUACAACUAUGUCAUUAGAGCUAAAGUCAAAGAGGUGAAGACUAAGUGCCAUGAUGUGACUGUAAUAGUGGAGGUGAAGGAGAUUCUCAAGGCAUCUCUGGUGAACAUUCCGAGGGACACUGUGAGCCUCUACACCAGCUCUGGCUGCCUGUGCCCUCCACUGCACGUUAAUGAGGAAUAUAUCAUUAUGGGCUAUGAAGAUGAGGAGCGCUCCAGGUUACUCCUAGUGGAAGGCUCUAUAGCUGAGAAAUGGAAGGAUCGACUUGGUAAAAAAGUGAAGCGCUGGGAUGUGAAGCUCCGUCAUCUUGGACUGAGUAAAACCGACUCUGGCAUUGGUGAUUCCACGCAGAAUCAGAAGUCUGGAAGGAACUCCAACCCUCGGCCAGCACGCACCUAAAACCCAAAUUGCACAAAUAACAUCAAUGGACUUUCCGUGAAGACUUGCAUUGCUGGACUGGCAAAGGAAAAUUGCACUAUUGCACGGCAUAUUCUAUUGUUUACUACAAAAAUCAUGUGGUAACUCAUGACAUUUCUCUUUCCUUUUUGUUUUUAAUCCCACCUUUUAAUGGCCUGGGGUUAGAGCCUUAAAUAAUAUUGUAUGUUUUCUAUUUUACUAAACAUGGGGAAACUGAUCUUUUGCAAUAAUAGUAAAUUAAACAUGCUGAUCCCAGGACCUCUUUGCUCGAGUUCCCAGAUGUUAAUUUUGUUUUCUGCACUCAGAUUGGGAAUGUAACAGUGAUGUAAAGAGAGAUUUCUGGUAUACAAAGAAAGCUAGAUAUGCUGUGAAAUAGUCUCUUGCUGAUCUAAUUACAGUGUAUGCCUUUGGGCAUUCUCCUUAUGCUUAGAAAGUUCUAAAUGUUUAUAAAGGUAAGAUGGCAGUUUGAAAUCAAAUGCCGCACAGGCAAAGCAAUUAAGCACCAGGAAACAUUUAUGAGAUAAUGACACACAGGAUGACUUAUUUUCAAGAUUGGCAGGAAGCAAAAUAAAUAAAUAGUGUUAGGAGCCAGGGAAAGAACACUUUCUUGAUUGGGAAGCACAAUCAAAACCAGUAGCCCUGAAGGCAUGAACAGUAGUAGCCUUCCUCUACUGGCCACAUGUUUGAUUUGUUCCUGAAUGCGUUAAUCAGCAGUAAGGAAGUGACUUACAAUCAGUCAUCUGCUAUUAUCACCAUAGUUCUGUAUAAUCUGAUUGUUUUCUAAACUCCUUAGUGAAAGUUUCUCUCUCAAUCUCUUUCUGUCUCUGUCUCUUUCUCCUUUCAUAAUAAAAUGGACUUGCUGUGUUGAUCAGGAAAAGAAAGUAUGUAUGCAUGUGUACCAAGACUUUGUUUUUUUCAAAGAUAUGUAGCUCUAUAAAAUGGAGUGGUUUACAGUAUGGUGAAACAUGAAAAGUGUUUUCUUUUUCAAAAAUUUGGUGUGUGUGUGUGUGUAUGUGUGUGUGUGUGUGUGUGUGUGUGUGUGUGUGUUUCUAUAUUUGUGUGCAUGUGGGUUUAUGCACUCACACACAAACUUGACUAAAUUACAGGCCUGGGCACUAGCUUAGAAAUUAUUAUUUGGAUUUAUAUUGUUUAAUGCUUAGUCAAAAAAUGCCUAAUAAAAAGAAUUACGGCUGUCCGGACAGAGGUACUCUGACUUUUGAACCAAAUAUACAUUCUCAUUAUCCAAGCUGCAGUAAAACCCCCUGGGACUAUGGGAGGAAAUCAUGUUGUACUUCCUUCCUCCAGGCGGGUUCCUUAGAACAUGUGCCAAUCACUUGAAAGUCUCCUUCCCUGUGAUUUACAUGUGUGAUACUCUAGAACCAACUUUCUAACUGGUUUGCUAAAAAUAAAAUGCAUCUGAAGCAAA